AGUAACUCAAACCGCAGCACGCCUGCCUGCUCCCCGAUCCUGCGCAAACGCUCCCGGUCCCCGACACCACAGGACUCCCAAGGAGACGCCAUGGUGGAAAAAGGCUCAGACCACUCGUCAGACAAAUCCCCUUCCACGCCGGAGCAGGGUGUACAGCGUAGCUGCUCCUCUCAGUCAGGCCGCAGUGGGGCCAAGAAUUCCAAGAAAAGCCAGAGUUGGUAUAAUGUGUUGAGUCCAACGUACAAACAACGGAAUGAAGAUUUCAGGAAACUCUUCAAGCAGCUUCCUGACACGGAGCGCCUCAUCGUAGAUUACUCAUGUGCUCUACAAAGAGACAUUCUCCUGCAGGGCCGCCUCUACCUCUCUGAAAACUGGAUCUGCUUUUACAGCAACAUCUUCCGCUGGGAGACACUGCUGACGGUUCGCUUGAAGGAUAUCUGCUCGAUGACCAAGGAAAAAACAGCACGGCUCAUUCCUAACGCCAUCCAAGUUUGCACUGACACUGAAAAGCACUUUUUUACUUCCUUUGGGGCUCGAGACAGGACGUACAUGAUGAUGUUCAGACUCUGGCAGAAUGCUCUCCUUGACAAGCCUCUCUGUCCAAAGGAGCUCUGGCACUUUGUCCACCAGUGUUACGGGAACGAGCUGGGUCUGACCAGUGAUGAUGAAGACUACGUGCCUCCUGACGAUGACUUCAACACAAUGGGCUACUGUGAAGAAAUCCCCGUGGAAGAGAAUGAAGUCAACGACAGCUCCUCAAAAAGCAGCAUGGAGGCCAAGCCAGAAGCUAGCCCUCAGCUGCCAAAGAAAUCCGUCACUGCCAGCACGUUGACAUCCACGGGCAGCAGUGAGGCGCCAGCAUCGUUUGAUGGAGUGCUACCAGAAGAGGAGGAGGCAGUGGCAGAGAGUCCUGUGGAAAAAGACCUUGGCAUUGCAAACAUCAUGGGAGAGAAGAUAGAGAUCAUCGGCCCCGUGAACUCCCCUUCCCUAGACUUCAACGACAACGAAGACAUUCCCACUGAGCUCAGUGACUCCUCGGAGACCCAUGAUGAAGGGGAAGUCCAAGCCUUUUACGAGGAUCUGAACGGCCGUCAGUAUGUGAAUGAAGUGUUCAACUUCAGCGUAGACAAACUGUACGACUUGCUUUUCACGGACUCCCAGUUCCAGAGGGACUUCAUGGAGCAGCGGCGGUUCUCUGAUAUUAUCUUUCAUCCCUGGAAGAAGGAAGAAAAUGGCAAUCAGACCAGAGUGAUCCUCUAUACCAUUACCCUCACCAACCCUCUGGCCCCCAAAACUGCCACUGUCACUGAGACGCAGACAAUGUACAAAGCCAGCCAAGAAAGCGAGUGCUAUGUCAUAGAUGCAGAGGUGCUAACUCACGACGUUCCCUACCAUGAUUAUUUCUACACCAUUAACCGCUACACGUUGACUCGUGUUGCCAGAAACAAAAGCCGACUCAGGGUUUCCACAGAGUUACGUUACAGGAAACAGCCCUGGGGGCUGGUGAAAUCCUUCAUCGAGAAGAACUUUUGGAGUGGCCUAGAAGAUUAUUUCCGUCAUUUGGAGAGCGAACUGACCAAAACGGAGAGCACGUACCUGGCCGAGGUCCACAGACAAUCCCCCAAAGAGAAGGUGAGCAAGCAAUCGACCGUGCGCCGGAGGAAACGGGCCCAUGCCCAUCUGCGGGUGCCACACUUGGAGGAGGUGCUGAGCCCCGUCACCACCCCCACGGAUGAGGAGGUUGCACAUCGAAUCAAGCACGUGGCAGGUUCCACUCAGACACGGCACAUCCCCGAGGAGAGCCCCAGCGGCUUCCACCUGCAGAGUGUCUCCAAGGUGCUCCUGGUCAUCAGUUUUGUUCUGGUGCUGCUGGUCAUUCUCAAUAUGAUGCUGUUCUACAAACUCUGGAUGUUGGAAUAUACUACGCAGACGCUCACGGCAUGGCAGGGCUUGCGGCUACAGGAAAGGUUACCCCAGUCUCAGACAGAAUGGGCCCAGUUACUAGAAUCUCAGCAGAAGUAUCAUGACUCAGAGCUACAAAAAUGGCGUGAGAUCAUCAAAUCCUCGGUGAUGCUUCUAGACCAGAUGAAGGAUUCACUAAUAAAUCUUCAGAAUGGCAUCGGAUCCCGGGACUUCGGGUCAGAUCCAGAGGAG